AGGUAAUAGGAGGAGGUGAUAACGACAAUCUGUGCUCCGUCCAAUCACCGUCCAGGCCAGGAACAUGGAGAGGAACAGCUGGGAUUUCUUGCUGUCACUUUGUCACCAGUACGAGGAUACAGCGGUCACCAUCUCUCCUCAUACCAUCAGCCAUGUCCUUGUCCUCACUGUGGUCAUGCCUUGCACUUGUGCUCCUGUGUCAAGCUGCCACCACAAAGGAGACCCCAUUCCAAAGAGUGCUCAACCUGCUGUCCCCGGGGCAGUCUGUGCUGAAUGAGACCGCCGUGGCUGAUCUUAUAAAGCAUCUGGAAGACCGUGUGCACUGCGGAAAUGUGUCGUGUGAAAAGUGUCUGACCCCAUCCAUCCUGUUAGAUUCACUGAGGAAAGCUCCAGAAUCCCAGCUGGAUGCCCAAGGGUAUGCAGCCUUAUCUGGAGGUUUGCUAAGCUACAUCUCAAACUCUUCAUCAACCUGUGCGGCUGUUAAAGAGGGAAACUGGCUGAAAAGCCUCCUGCCCGGGAGUGACCAGGCUGUGGAGGCCACACUAUAUGUAAUAGCAACCAUACUGCCUCACUACAAGUCAGCCAAGGAUCAGUUUGGGGAAUGUGUGAAUGCAGAGGAUAUCCUAAACAUGACGUCUGAUCCCGGUCACACCACCCCCAUGAUUGAGGAAGCCAUUCUAGCAGUGGUUCUAGAGGGAGCCUGUGUGACGGUCCUGCCACCCCCCGACUACUUCAUCAACUUCAUCUACAAAUCAUAUGGUGACCACAGUCUAAACGUAACAGGACUUACCAAACUCAUGAUAAAUUUAAACCUGGUGACUGAAGAUGAUCACGAACACGACUCUGACCAUGACCACGUUGAUGACCAUGACCACGUUGAUGACCAUGACCACGUUGAUGACCAUGACCACGAUGAGGACCAUGACCACGAUGAGGACCAUGACCACAAUGAUCACCAUGACCACGAAGAAGAUCACAAAAACCAGACAGAUGGGAAUCAGAGGCGCAGGCGCAGCUUACGACAAAGCGAUAUCCAUAUACAUCACUGGGACCAGACUUGCUUCACCCCUGAGGACAUCCUGACGAUAUACGGGGUGGACGUCAAUGGGGACAUUUCCAGAGAGAAAUUCCGCGAUAUAAGCAGCAGUCUGAUCCAGCAGCAGCUUAUCGGCAUCUGUCCGGAUAAUCACCAGCACGGGGCCGUCGAUGGACAGCUGACCACGGCAGAGAAAUACAUCUACGGCAGUAUCGCCAACCUGAUCGUGUGCCUGUGUGCAGUCUUUGGCAUCGCGGUCCUGCUGUGUACGUCCUGCACUGCUGCCUAUCAGUACAUCAUUCAGUUCUUCGUCAGCCUGGCGGUGGGGUCCCUGACUGGAGAUGCCAUUCUGCACCUUAUCCCACAGUUCCUGGGCCUCCACUCACACAGCGACACAAGCGACCAUGCUCACAGCCAGGAAGAAGAAGACCGCACUUAUAUCUGGAAGCUGCUGGCCGUCCUGGGUGGUCUCUACGCUUUCUUCCUCCUGGAAAAGAUCUUUGGGCUACUGUUGAAACAUGAGGAAGGUGAUGAUGAUGAUGGUGAAGGCCAUGGACACUGCGACCACGGGGUCUCCCUGCAGAAUUUCCAUGAGGAGCAGAAGAAAAGGAAGGAGCAGAAGCACUCCAUUUCCCGUACAGACUUGGUCAGCCCAGAUGAGGAGGGUCAGAAGAGCCAAGCGCCAGUAAGGAGUCGGGAGCUGCGGAUGAUCCCCUAUAUGAUCACCAUAGGAGACGCCAUCCACAAUUUCGCAGACGGCCUGGCCAUGGGAGCGGCAUUCUCUACAUCGUGGAAGACUGGUCUGGCCACGACACUUGCUGUUCUCUGCCAUGAACUGCCACAUGAGCUAGGUGACUUUGCGGCUCUCCUCCAUGCGGGGCUCAGCGUCCGUCUGACUCUUCUCCUCAAUUUCGGCAGUGCACUGACCUCAUUUGUUGGUUUGUAUAUUGCGCUGUCCAUUGCCGCAAAUGAAGUCAUUCAGCAGUGGAUAUUUACAGUGGCCACCGGGCUCUUUCUCUACGUGGCUCUGGUGGACAUGUUGCCGGCAAUUAUGAACGUGAAGGACCGCAGACCUUGGCUGCUCUUCUUCCUACAUAACCUUGGUCUCCUCCUGGGCUGGGCCAUCCUCUUGCUCCUGGCCAUCUUUGAGGAGAACAUCACUGUAUGAAGGUUCCCAUGACCAAGUUUACUCAGGAUAUCUCACCCUCCAGGAUGGUGCAACCCUCAUCAGAUACCCCCAGAUGUCCAUCACUAUUUCAUAUAAUCCUACCAGGGACAGGAGGCCCAGUUCUGGCUACUACAACCCUCACUGUUGUGACAAGAGAAGAUUGACUCCUCGCAUUUCACUGUCAAGAGGGAAGAGUCUUACAGGUUUCCACCUAAAAUUUUAAAACCCUCAGAAAAUGUAACUCCUUCAUUCAUCCAGAACAGCCAAUAUGGCUGCUAUUACAGCACUGGGUACCCUGAUUGAUAAGACACAGAAUGAGGGGGGAAGGGAUGUUGACAAUUUAACAUGGCUGGUUGAUCAUUCAGACUUCAUGGAGACCUCCAUGAGAUUUAAGAGGGAAGAAGACUGUGGUGAGGAGAGGAGUUAUGGAUCCUGCAGAUUUCCGGGUCUUCGGUGGCAUCGCCCCUUCCAAAUGUGACAUGUGGAGUGUAGGUCCCUCCAGGCUUCUGUUUGAGGAGAGGACAUCAUCAUUAUGGUCCUUCGUGCUGCAGAGGUGGACAGGGCUGUGUUUCUGUGUAGUAGGGGGCCCCCUGUCAGGUGCAUGGGCACCCAACCUUCAAUAAAGGAGUGAGAAGCAGCAUCAGCGGUGUAAUGUUCUGAUUAUUAGGACCUUAGCGCUGGGGGUCAUACUCUUAACCUCCUUUGUCUUCUGGAGGUCAUACUAUGAAGCCGGAGGCUCUUUGGGCAAAACCCCUGCCCUGGGGCAGAUAGAUCCAUGUAUGACAGGGGGCCACACACCGCCUUUAUGGAGACUCUGCACCUUACAGAUACAUCGAGAAAUGCGGGCGUCUCCAGUGUGUAUCGGGCGUGGCUCAAAGGAAGUUCCCCAUGUCCUCAUUUACCAUUCACCCCAGAAAUAGGCCAUGCUUUGUAUGGAAUUCCCCUUUAAAUUAAAACAGCAUGAAAUAUAUAUGAAACCUCCUGCACAUAACUCCAUAUAGACACUCCCAUUAUUCUACAUAACUCCUCCCAUUCCUCCAUAUAGCCACUCCCAUUAUUCUAUAUAACUCCUCCCAUUACUCCAUAUAGUCACUCCCAUUAUUCUAUAUAACUCCUCCUGCAGCGGCCUACUACCAGGGCGUCUGGGGUAUCCCUCGGCCCUUAGGAGGUUUCUAUGAAAUAUGUCCCUCUUAUAGAGCAUGUAAACAUGACUCCAGCUGCGGUUAAGCAGCGGAAGCACAAGGCUCCCUUUUGUAUAUGGCAAUGUUGGUCUCCAACGUGUCAUGGUGUUCCUACCUGGAUAUCCGUGGAUCCCAUACGUGGUGUAGUCCAAAGCAAGUGCAAAAAGGGGUAGUUGAACUUGGAUGGUGAAUAAAUGGAGUCCAGACUUUGUAGUAACGUUGAACACAGCUUUACUUGGCAUAAAUGGUAAUUCAAACGGUAUCUUGUC